UCUGAGCGCGUGCUGUGUCGGGAGGCAGCGACCAACUACACUUCCCAACGCUCUGAAGCAACGGAAAUGACGUAAAGAGCAGAGCGUGUUGGAGGGUUCGGGUAAAAAUGGCUGAAUAUUUAGCUUCGAUAUUCGGGACUGAAAAGGACAAGGUUAACUGCUCUUUUUACUUUAAGAUCGGGGCCUGCCGGCACGGGGACCGGUGCUCCCGGCUUCACAACAAACCGACUUUCAGCCAGACCAUAGUGCUGCUCAACCUGUACCGGAAUCCACAGAACACCGCCCAAACCGCAGACGGAUCGCACUGUCACGUGAGCGACGUCGAGGUGCAAGAACACUAUGAUAACUUCUUCGAGGAGGUGUUCACGGAGCUGCAGGAGAAGUACGGGGAGAUUGAAGAGAUGAAUGUGUGCGACAACCUGGGGGACCACCUCGUGGGCAAUGUCUAUGUCAAGUUUCGGCGUGAAGAGGAUGCAGAGCGGGCAGUGGCUGAACUCAAUAACCGCUGGUUCAACGGGCAGGCUGUGCAUGCUGAGCUGUCUCCUGUCACCGACUUCCGGGAGUCAUGCUGCCGGCAGUAUGAGAUGGGGGAAUGUACCCGCGGGGGCUUCUGCAACUUCAUGCACCUGCGGCCCAUCUCUCGGAACCUCCGACGUCAGCUGUAUGGGCGGGGACCCAGGCGCAGACUAGCUCUGAGCACCGUCCAAAGACCAGCGCCUGAGUCUCAACCCCCAAACCAGCUGGGACUCCAAAGCCCCAAACCCAAGACCAGUCUGGAUCUCCAGUCCGGAGAUCAGUCCCUGAGAACCUGUCCUGAUACCACGCAGGAACUCUGGUUACCUGCCCCAUCCCAGAGCAGAGAGGCAGACCUGGGGAACAGGGCCACACUCCUUCCAGCUCUAACCCUCAUCUCUCCACUCCUGUCCCCAGGUCGCCCCCGAGGUCCCAUACUGGCCACCGUCCCCGAGAAAGAAACCGACGACGUUCCCCAGACCACCGGCAUGGCCGCUUCUGAGACCCUGGCUCCCUUAAUCUCCACCCUUGACAGGCAUAAAUGUUCCUGGCCAGGACCCCUCCUGAAAGCUCCCUUAACCCCCCAGUGCCAUCUUCCCCAGGGUCCGGGGCACCGUGAUGUAAUCUGUCCAACACAGGGACUUUCUCUUACCACCCCUCCCCUAAUAAAGUUCUGUAUUGAGGGUUUAGAACCUGUUAGCUUGAGCCUAGCUGUGGGCUGGAGUUUCCUUCCACCCCCACAUCUCCUGACGAAAGGGGAAGCGGGCUGGGCUCUGGCCACAACUUUUGCUGUAGAACUUCCAACAGGUGGGAGAGCAGCAGGCUCAGGGCCCAAGGCUCUAGAAACCCCUCAGUGGGACUGGUUGGGGUGGGGACACCUCUGUGCUGGGAACCUCAGCACGGCUCUCUCCGGCUUCUCAAGGGGGAGGUGCCUAGCUGUGGCAGGUUGGAGGAUUCCCAGCCGGGAGGAGAUUGGGUUUAGGGAGCCAAGGUAAGGUUACUGGGAGUUGAGUGGGAGUCUCCAGAGGGUGAGGUCUGGGUCCUCCUUGUCAGCUGC